UCCAACCACCAUAAAACGCGGUCCAUUUGUCCCAAUAUAACCCCUCACCUUCCUUCUAGGGUUCCAUGUCUCAAUUUCUUCCUUAAUUCCCAAAUUUUCUCAAUUUUCUUUCAGAUUAGACACUUUUCAAAUUCUCUUCUUUCGGAUUCCUACCUUUCAAUUUUCAAUCUAUUGUUUCUUCUUUAUUCUUCCAAUUUCCGAUUUGUUUGAUUUGCUGAUUUUAGGGUUUCUGAUUUUCAGCAUUUUGAAAUUUUGAAAUCGAAGGUAGAAAGUUUCGAAUUCGGUGAGUUUGUUGCGAGAAUGCCAGCGACGGACUAUCAGAGUUCGUCUCCUUCAUCGUUAACGCAGUUCGGUCGUUCAAUUCUAAGCUUUCGUCGUGAACAGGUUCAUUCAAUGGAGGGGUCAACGUUAGAGAUUGAACUCGAUGCUUUUCAAGUGCAUGUUACUGAUCGAUUUCUUGAUCUAUCUUCUGUUGGUCAGGAUGAUUUGCUUUCAUUGAAAUGGAUUGGGAAGCUUCUGGAUUGUUUUCUGGUUUGUCAGGAGGAGUUUAAGGCUAUCCUGUAUAGCCAUAAGGUACAGGCGUCGAGAUCGCCGUUGGAUCGAAUGGUGUCGGAUUAUUUUGAGCGGAGUGUUAAGGCUUUGGAUGUUUGUAAUGCGAUUCGGGAUGGGGUGGAGCAGAUUCGGCUUUGGCAGAAGCUGUUGGAGAUUGUUCUUUAUGCGUUGGAUCAUGAUAGGAGUAUCGGUGAAGGGCACUUUCGGAGAGCGAAGAAGGCGCUGAUUGAUUUGUCGAUUAGUAUGCUCGAUGAUAAUAAGGAUUCUAGUGGGUCGGUUGCGCAGAGGAAUCGAUCUUUCGGGAGGAACAAUGGUAGAGAUAAAGAUCAUAGCCAUGGGAAUAGUCAUGGGAAUAACAACUAUCAACAUCGGUCUUUGGGGCAUUUUAGGUCACUUUCAUGGAGUGUUUCUCGUACUUGGUCUGCUGCUAGACAACUCCAAGCAAUUGGGAAUAAUAUUAAUCCUCCGAAAGCGAAUGAUCUUAUUGCGACUAACGGUCUUGCAAUGACGGUGUAUGUUAUGAAUUCGGUCUUGUUGUUUGUUAUGUGGGCUCUUGUGGCUGCGAUUCCUUGUCAAGACCGCGGAUUGCAAGUGCAUUUCACCAUUCCAAGGAGCUACACUUGGGCUAUUCCGUUGCUCGCGCUCCACGAUAGGAUCUUGGAGGAGUCUAAGAAGCGCGAAAGGAAGAAUGCUUGUGGCUUGCUGAGAGAGAUUCAACAGAUUGAGAAAUCUGUUAGACAGAUGAGCGAAUUGGCUGAUUCGGCGCAGUUUCCGUUAACGGAGGAGAAGGAAACAGAAGUUAGGCAGAGAGUUCAAGAGGUGUCAAAGGUUUGUGAUGCUUUGAAAGAUGGACUCGAUCCGUUGGAGCGCCAAGUGAGGGAAGUUUUCCAUAGAAUUGUGCGGAGCCGAACCGAAGGGCUUGACUCUCUUGGUAGUAGGCCAAACAAUGCUGAAUAACAAGUGAUGCAAUUUAGAAUUUGUGAUGAUAACAUUAUAGUUUGAUUUUGCUUUCAUAGAAAUAGAAAACUACAAAAGGAGCAAGGGAUUGUAUAGGGAGAUUGUUGAUUUGAAUUGAAGUUUAUUCCAAGAAUUAAGUGGUAAGGGGGAGGAGAGAUUCUUGUAGUUAAAAAAUCAUGUGAAAUACUGUUUGCUUAUUUCUCCCCUCUUGUUAUUGUCUUGAGAUUUUCGAUUUUCAUUUGUAUAACCAAUCUUCUCAUAUUCCUUGCUGCAUCCUCAUUGUAGCUGAUUUUGUUUAUGAAUAAUUAUUUGAUAAAUCUCCUUUUUUUUUGUUCAUAUACUUACAAAUUUGUGUUCUGGAUUAUAUGAUUCAACAAAGAUUUUUGUUAUUGCAAUUUGUCUUAUAAGUGUAUUUGAUUAGGUAAUCAAAUCCUACAAUGUUCUAGUGUCUCCUACCUCUUGAGUCACUCUUCACAGUCACUAGCCAUAUCCAGAUUCCUAGUACACAGAGAAUCAUGCAUUUGACACAGUCAUGCUAUAUGGAUUGGUGGAUCACAAUUUGACAACUCAUGUUCCAACUCUGAUAUAAGAAUGUGGCCUGUCCAAUAAAAAAAUGUGGCCUGUCCAAUCUUUGAUCUAGAUAGGUGACUGUGUGUGAAUGCAUGAAAAAUUCAAAUCUUGAAAUUAGGAAAAUCACUAGCUUUUUGUUUUCUGUCUUA